AUGGCCGGCGCAGCAGGUCAAGAAAACGACGAGGCUCCCUCAGAACUCCCUUCUUUCCACAACGGAGACGUUGUUAUCGUCAUCCACGCUGAUGAAGUUUACCAAUUGCACUCUGACGUCCUCCGCCGUUGCUCUCCCAACAACUUGAGACAGCUAGUGGCACCCGAACAUGUGGCACAAUUAGUUAAAGCAGCAGUGAACGGUGGCUGCUUUACGCGAUACAGACUGGUCUUGGAGUCCUCUGAAAAGCAUCCAAAUGGAGAAAUCGACAAAUAUGGCCGCAUCGUUGCAGACAGAAACCAAUCUAUGCUUGCCAAUGCCUACAGUACUGAAUCACCUGCAUAUGUAUUCGAGUCAUGGAGGAACCUAUUCUGCACAUUUGACACCUUGGACCCUGACAUCAGCGGAUCUUCUCUUCAAACAGUUCUCGAGAAAGUUAGUCGCUUGAUGGAUACCGCAGACAGUGUCGGCGCCGCUGCAACAGUAUGUGCCUAUAUUAAUAAUUCCCCGAUGCGUCAGGAUCAGCUACUAUACGGCGCCCUUCUCCCACGCCCGAUUCCUUGGGGGAAUCAGACCAUCAGAACUGAGUCUCAGUCCAUACUCAAGGAUGCCGUCAUACAUGUUGUUGGGAGAUGA